AUGGGAAAUGGGGAAAAGGUUAAUAAGGAAAAGGAAGCUAACAGCUUUAUAAUCCUGCAGGUCAUCUUCUACGAGGACAAGAACUUCCAGGGUCGACGCUAUGAGUGCAGCACUGACUGUGCCGACCUGCAGUCAUACUUCAGCCGCUGUAACUCCAUCCGCCUCGACAGUGCCUGUUGGGUUCUGUACGAGAAACCCAAUUACAUGGGAUACCAGUAUGUGCUGACCAGGGGAGAGUAUCCUGAGUACCAGCGCUGGAUGGGCUUUAAUGAUAGCAUCAGAUCAUGCCGGGUGUACAACUAUACUAGCGGGGCAUCGUACAAAAUAAAGGUUUACGAGAGAGCUGAAUUGGGAGGGUCCAUGAUGGAGUUUCUGGAUGACUGCCCAUCUGUGUACGAACGAUUCCGCCACCACGACAUCCACUCCUGCCAUGUAAUGGAUGGCUACUGGACCUUCUACGAACAUCCCAACUACAAAGGCAAACAGUACUUCCUUAGACCUGGGGAAUACAAGCGAUUCAGUGAUUGGGGAGCAAGCGGAGCCACAGUUGGUGCUUUCCGUCGUAUCACAGACUUCUAAACUUCUUAAACCUCAUGGAUAUCCAUUAAAAAGCAAAUAGCAGAAAAUAA